AUGUAUAAUGAGUUCAGGAUAUGUCGAAUCUGUUUAAUACAAGAAGACGAGAGUGAACUAAUUCCAAUAUACGAAAAAGACAGUGAAUUAGCUACACAAAUAUUCUUAUUAUCUGGUAUUAAGGUUUUAGAGUUUAUGAGUCAUCAAGCAACAGCACUUAUCUGUUCUGCAUGUAUUAAAGAUCUUAACAAAGCUGUAAAGUUUCGGAAGAAAUGUAUACAGUCAGAACAUCACUUUAAGAAACAUUUAUUGACAUUUGAGCCAUUUAUUUGGAAUGACGAACUUCGAAUGAUCAGUUCUAGUGAUAAUAAUCAUAAAUCAAUAAAAGAGGAACCUCACGAAUUCAAUAAUGUCAACUUUUUUGAACACUAUGCUGCCAUUGUUGAUGAAGAUUGUGCAACAGAUAUGCUAAAAACCUCACGUCUCUCAAAAUCAGUCAAGUCUUACAAUGAGAAUAGCCAAGCAGAACAUCCUGAGAAGAAAAGACGUGUAAAAAGAAAUAUAAAGCAUGAAAAUGUUGAAUCAGAUUCAGAAACUCAAUGUCAUUUGUGCCUCAAAACAUUCACAAAAAUGCAUUCAAUGAAGAAUCACAUGAGAGCUGUGCAUCAAGAUUUAAACGAAUCUGAUAUGUUCAAGUGCGAAUAUUGCGAUCGACUAUUUAAAAUUAGAUAUUAUUUGAAUCGUCACAUCAAAAAUGCUCACACAAAAAAGAAUUCGAAAAAGGAGAAACAGGCAAAGGCUAAAAAUGAGGAAGACGAAGGCAUAUUCAAUGAAAAACUUACAGGAAUUAACUGUCAAUACUGUAAUAAAUUUUUAACGAGCAGACAUAGUUUAAAUGAUCAUAUAAGAGUCAGGCAUUCAUUCAUAGAUUUUAAAGACAUGUAUUUAUGUGAUAUUUGCGGUAAAGAUUUCCCGAUCAAAUAUUAUUUAAUAAGGCACAUCCGAGCAGCACAUCUCAAAACUAUAUCAUAUAAGAAGAAAAAUAUCGAAUCUCUUCCAUGCUCAAUUUGUGGAAAGAUCCUCAAAAGUAAAGGAAAUCUGUCAACGCAUGAAAAGACUCACAAAAAACUUACACCUGAUGAAUAUUGGUACUGUGAUUUAUGUGGAAAUAAGUUUAAAGGACGUGGCGAAAUGAGUGUUCAUAUCAAGAAGAGACAUUUGUAUAAAAUCAGAUAUCCAUGUGAAAUUUGUCCUGGAAAGUCUUGGAGAACUUUAUUCCAGCUUCAUCGACACAUUAAAGUUAUUCAUCACAAUAUUAAGGAAUUCAAAUGUGAAUGGUGCGGUAAAGAGUUUGGUGAGAAGAACAAGCUUCUUUGUCAUACUAGAAUACAUACAGGCGAGAAGCCUUUCAAAUGUAACUGGGAAGGAUGUGAUCGAGAGUUUACUCAUCAGACUGAUUUUCGUCGGCACCGCUGGGGUCAUAGUGGCGUACGUCCCUACAAAUGUGAAGUACCGAACUGCCUGAAAGGUUUCAUGAAGAAAAGUGAACUGCUGGCCCACGAAAAUAGAUGCCAUCCACCAAAUCCACCGCCAAUAAGAUCAACGAUCAGUAAUAUUCCCAUUCAAUAUCAAUAUGAAAUGUUGUAA